GGCUUCAAUAAGUGGAUCAUGUAUGGCAUCAUUGGGGGUGGUGGUUUCCUGCUGUUGGUCCUCAUCAUCCUCCUCAUCGUCCUCAGCUGCAAGAGCCAUCGCAGGAGGAAGAGGAGGCAGCGGGAUUUGGAGGAGAUGCGCUUGCAGAACAUGCAGUACAUCGGGUCGAUGCCGCGCCGUCCCAAGCACUCGGCGCUGGGCCAGCCGGUUCCGCCCACGCCAGACGAGCAGGGCUACCUCAACGCGCCCGAGCCGGGGGAUCCGGGCUUCGGUAACGGCACCGGCGGUCCCGGCGGUACGGAGUUUGACCGCGGCAGCGGAGUGGUGAUGCUGCCGGUGGAGCCCCAGACCCAAACCCAAACCCAAACCCGUCGGCAGGCUCGCCCCCGCGCACCCCCACCCCCCACGGAGGAGGAGGAGGAGGCCCCGCCCCUGCCACAGCCACGCAGGACGGGACACCAUCGACCACGCCCCUAAGAGCCUGGCAAACGUCCA